AGCAUCUGGGUUCCCUCACGCUGUGAUCGGCUGCGGCAGGACCAUGGUCGUCGAAAUCAAUCAUUACGCUUGAAGCACGUAGGAAAAAGAGUUUGCCAUAAAAUGCCGGGCACUUGCGAGGUCUGCGAGUCGGAACCAUCCAAAUAUCGAUGCCCGACCUGCAAGUUGAUGAGUUGCUCUCUCGCGUGCACGCAAUCCCAUAAAAUCUAUUGUGCUCCGAAGGCACCGUCGCCGAAGCCGUCGGAAGACCAAGCGCCCCUUGAUGCUGUCAACGGCGACGCACCCGAGGCUGAAACGCCUCAAACCGAGACCGGACUCGACAUCAGAACCUUAGGAUCAUCGACUCAGCUCAAAGAGCUGCUCGAUCGCUUCCCUUCCCUCCGGGAUCAGCUGCAGGACAUCUACCAGGCUACAUUGGAGGAGGAAUGGCAGGAGACACAACCGUACGCUGGCCGGUCACGGGGAUUCGGGAAGGGCAAAGCAAUGCAUCGCCAUCGGGGACCCUGGACACGUGAGAAAGGUUUCAAUCGCGGGGUGGGCAAAGUUAGAAAGCUCCGGGAGCGAUGCGAAGAGGGUGACGAGGUCAGUCGGAAAGCUGAAGGCUAUAUGCGGUUCAUGGCCUUGAUCACCGGAAACCAGUUACCUGAGGCUGCCUGAGAAUGCGCCUGUCUGGUUUAUGGUGCAGACUGCAGCGGCAAUCCGUCGCGCCCAAUCGGACUGCAGGUUUUUCGAUGUUCCUCCGUGGUGGCAAUCUACUACGCCCUGCCGCAGAAAGUUGCCAAGCUGCGCGCAGUGCAGCCAGAGCUUGACCAGCCGACCAGGCCCAUGCUGUUUCACAUAACAGCGAGCCUCGAUUCCCUCCUUUGAGGACACGUAUGAGGCACUUUAGCUGAAGAUCGCAGUGAUGCCUGAAUAGUCAUCCACCACGACCUAAUCAUAGAAGCUACAUGCAUACAAACAGCAUAGCGCUUAGAAAUGCC